GCACACAAAAUAGCCGGCUGCCGAACAGCGCUCGUCAUGGGAAUCGGGCAACGUGCGGGGCUGAUACAACGUUUUGCAUAUUAAAUUGCGUGUUGUUUUUAAGUCAUUUUACGUGAAUUAGAAUCAACUAAUGCAUUCCACCUGACAUGGAUCAGGAUGUGUCAUUUGCCACUGUUGAUGCCUGUGGGCAAAAUCUAUUGUCCUUGGUUUCAAGAGGGAAUGCCAUAGUUGCUGAGCUUUUGAGACUAGAAGACUACCUUCCUGAUGUGUUCAGAAAAGAGAAGAAGGAAGAAGGGAAGAAAUUUGCUCCUGUGAUAUUUGACUUCAGCUAUUUCCAGACAUCAGAUGCAGUGGAAGCAAAGAUUGAAGCUGAUGAUAAUCUGAAGAAACUGGACACCCAGUUCAAAGAGAGCUACUGCAAUGUCAUCUCACGUUUCUACAUGGCUUAUGAGAGCAUCUUCAAGUAUGCCAUCGACCUUAAUGGCUACCUCAGCGAUCUCUCCGAAGGUGUCUACUUCCAGCACUCCCUGGACAACGUGUUUGCUGACGCAGAUGGGAAACAGCUAAUGUGCGAGGCGCUGUACCUACUCGGUGUGCAGCUACUGACGGCCGAACACAUUGACGGCGCCACGCGGGAGCGGCUGCUGGUGGCGCACCACCGGGCAGCGGUGCAGAGCGCCGCCGCCGCCUGUCAUCUGGACGACGUCUGCAAGCUGCUGCGCUCCACCGGCCUGGGCGAGAGCGGCCGCCGACCGGCCAACUACCCCGAACACUACUUCAGCCGCGUUCCUGUACCUGCCGAGUACGUCUCCCACGUGGUGGACCGGCUGCGCUCUGACGACAUCUACUGCCAGAUCAGCACCUACCCGCUGCCCGAGCACCGCAGCGUGGCGCUGGCGCCCCAGGCCGCCAUGCUGUACGUCUGCCUCUUCUUCAAGCCGACUGUGCUGGCGACGGAGACGGCCAUGAUGAGAGAGAUUGUCGACAAGUUCUUCCCCGAUAAUUGGGUGAUCAGCGUCUACAUGGGCUCGACAGUGAACCUGCUGGAGGCGUGGGAGCCGUACAAGGCGGCGCGCACUGUGCUGCAUGCCUCGCUGGACACCGCUGCCGUCAAACAGCUCACCGGCAAACACGCCACCAGGAUGGAGGAGCUGACUGCCGAGUGUGAGCGGUGGCUGCAGGAGGGUCUGCUCACAGCGGACCUGCUGCUCGGCUCGUGGGACAAACUGCUGGCUCUGAUCAGACAGUGUAACGUCACCAUGCGCUGGAUGCUGCUGCACACAUCGCAACUCAACUCAGGCGGCGAGCCGAAGCGUGCUCGUCAGUACCGGGAGCUGGUGGUGUCCGAGUCGCACUUUGAGGCCGACACGCUGUUCCGACUGCUGCUGAGUGCCUCGCAGCUGGAGCUGGCCUGUCGCCAGCUGCUCAAACAGCUGCUGACGGACAGGGAGAAGAUCUGGCAGGAGGAGCAGGAGUCCGUGGUGGCCGGCCUCAAACAGAUCGCCACAGUCUUCUCCGGCAACCAGGCGCUCACCAAACUGCCCAAAAAUGAGCGUCUGGAGCAGUGGUUCGUGCGACUGGCUGACCAGGUGGCCACCAUCUCCCUAACGACUGAGUCCCGCAAACUGCUGCAGGUCAUGAAGGCUCUCAAUGACGUCCAGGCGUUCCACCGUUUGGAGAGUGACGCAGCCGUCAGCCAGCACCUGGGACAGCUGCGCCAGAGCCUGCGCCGCAUGGCGUUGGUGGCCGCGCUGCGGGACGACAUGCUGGCCACGCUGGCGGGCGUCACCGACUUCAGCUACGCCUGGCUGCUGGUGGACCGUCUGACGGCCUCCAUGCAGCGCAGCAUCCGACAGCAGCCGGCGCUGGUCGCCAAACUGCGCGCCACUUUCCUCAAGCUGUGUUCGGCACUGGACCUGCCGCUGCUGAGGAUCAACCAGGCCCAGUCACAGGACCUGGCCUCCGUGUCGCAACACUACUCGGCCGAACUAGUCAGCUACCUGAGGAAAGUCAUCCAGAUCAUCCCAGAGACCAUGUUCGGUCUUCUGGACCAGAUCAUCACCAUACAGACGGACCAGUUACAGCAGACGCCGACCCGGCUGGACAAGGACAAACUGAAGGAGUACGCCCAGCUCGACCAGCGACUGGAGAUGGCGCGGCUGACGCACGCCGUCUCUGUGCUGACGGACGGCAUCCUGGCGAUGAAGACCACCCUGGUGGGCGUCAUUCGACUGGACCCGGCGCGUCUUCUUGAGGACGGCAUCCGUAAACAGCUGGUCCACCAGAUGGCCGACACGCUGCACCGCACGCUCACAUUCAGCGCCAAACACAAGAGCGGUGAGCUGCCCACAAAGCUGCGUGAGCUCCGCCGUCGGAUGGACGGCUUCCGACGCUCGUUUGAGUACAUCCAGGACUACCUGCACCUCAACGGACUGCGAGUCUGGCAGGAGGAGUUCACGCGUGUCGUCAACCUCAAUGUGGAACAGGAGUGUAACAGCUUCCUGCAGAGCCAGGUCCACGAGCGGGACAGCGCGUACCAGUCCCGCACGGUACCCAUCCCGCUGUACCCACCGACCGAUAAGAGUCGGACCUUCGUCGGCCGGCUGGCCAACCAGCUUCUGCUGCUCACCGACCCCAGGUCGACGGUGUACCUCGCGCCGCUCUCGGCCUGGUACUGCCUGCGCUCGCACGAACAGGUGGCCGAUGGUCGGCUGCCGGGCCUGCUGGCCGGUGGACUGGGCGUGGCGGGGCUGGCCGGGCUCGACAGACUGCUGGCGUUCAUGGCCGUCACCACUAUACAGUCGAUCCUGACCACCAUCAGCACGGACAUCUGCAAGGACCGCGCCUGUCUGGAGGCUCUCACCUCUUUGGAGUCAUCUCUGCCCCCGGCUGACGGUCUCGUGGCCAACCCGAGCCGAGCCUACACCCCGGCGGCCGGCCGACUGCAGCGACCUCUAUAUUCGCUGCUCGAUCAGCUGAGCCGGCUCGGUCAGCUGACGCUGCUCCGGGAGGCGAUCGCAGCGCACCUAGCGGCGGAGGCGGCGUUCGAGUCGCGCCAGCUGGCCGCUGCCGUGGAGGCGCUAAAUGCGGCGGUGCUGACCGAGCCGGACCUGACCUCCGACCGUCUGAGCCCGCUGCUGGGCCUGCUCACCCCCUACUUGGACUGGACAGGCCUGUCCGACCCGGCCGCCCGCGUGUACCUGAGCGCCCGGCCGCCGGAGCACGCAGACACGGUGCUUCUGCUGCUGCUGAUCUCAAACGCGCCAAAACUCACCUACGUCAAGUCGCUGGGCGGUCUGAGCUGUCUGAAGGUCUCCGAGCCGGUGGACGCCGCCGCGCUGACCGCCGGCCUGGCCGUUCUGCUGGGACAGCUGCCCGACUCGGUCACAGACCGGCUGCUGGCGCGGGCCGGUCAGGCGGCGCGCUCCCAGGCGGCCGGCGCGCCGCCGCUGCCGGCGGAAUGCUGUGUACUGCUGGCGCUGCUGGAACUGCUGGUCGAGCGGCGACGGCUGCCCGAGGGCCGGCUCACAGAACAUGUGCCGCUGCCGCUGCUGCAGCUCUACCGGUCCGUGUGGAAUGGUGACUAGGGGUGAGUGAAACCAGCGGCUCUAUCGCUCCGUGUGGAAUGGUGAUUAGGGGUGAGUAAAACCUGCGGCUCUAUCGCCCCAUCUGGAACUGCGACUCGUGCUGCGACGACGGCUGCGACAGACUACAGUGUCAAACCUGCAGCUCUACCGAUCCGCCUUGGAUGGUGACCAGAGCUGUGGCAGACGGACGGGAAGAAUGAUUAAAACCUGCAAUGAAAUGGAGUCUGCUCCGGGAAUAUUGAGCCCAUUGGUGACACGGUUUGAUAAUUGUUCCAAAAGUGAUUGGCUACUAAAGCCGGUCGAGAACAUUCCAGCGUUGUUUUUCGCAGAUCAUUAACACGUUUACUGGCCGUGUUCACAGUAUUCGGGGUGUGACAAUUCAGCGACAAACCUUGCUGUUGUGGACAACCGCCAGCGGUCAAGACUCAAGAUCAUAUGUGCUGUAGUUUGAAGUAAGGCCAGGUCGGCUGUGAUAAAAACGCCAUGUGUGUGUUACUGUAUGGGUGCAUUAAUGUUGAAAUAUGGACGUGGUUUGUUCAUAAACCAUACCAUCGUUGAUCGGCAUGAAUAUGGAAGUGAACAAACGUAUUAUCAAAGGAGUCGUACUAUAUCAGCGUAUCACUGCGCGUAAGUGCCUCGGAUGAUGGCUUUAGGAAGAAAGUUAUCGAUGAAUAUUCCUUAGAUAAGGGUAAAAUGCUGUAGUUGUUACAUCGGUGUACCAUUUUGCUUCAGUCUUGUUUGUAUCUUUAUCCGACGUGGGAACUUUGGAUAAUUAAUUUGUUAUAUUCAGUAUAUCGAUGUUAGGUUGGUAAAAUAGCGAGGUUGAAUAAUUAUGAUACGGUAAUUGGGAUACGUUUCCGAUGUUGAAUGAUGUUUUAUGUAUCGUUUACAUAACCAGCUCGGUAUGAUUAUGCAUUAAUAAACAUUCCUUGUACGAAA